AUGUCUUCUCCCUCAGAAGCGGCGACACGAAGACGUGUUAAGCUUUAUAUGUUAAACGAGGAAAGACAAUGGAAUGAUAAGGGUACUGGCCAUGUAUCAGCACUGUAUAAUGAUUCCAGCUGCAUAUGCCUUGUUGUCAUCUCAGAAAAUGAUGGAUCUCCUCUCUUAGAGUCAAAAAUUCAGCCCGAAACAGCCUAUCAAAAGCAGCAAGAUACAUUGAUCGUUUGGUCAGAAGGAGAUAAUGUGGAUUUAGCACUUUCUUUCCAGGAAAAGGCUGGUUGUGAUGAUAUAUGGGAGAAGAUAUGCUCUGUUCAGGGCAAAGAUCCUUCCGUUGAGAUCACUCAAGAAGUUGUAGAGGAGACAGACGACACUGAUGAUGUCGAAUCCUACUCUCUAUCGGCGAACCCUGAACUACAGGAUUUUGAACUCCCCGCCUGCGAACUCUCUCGGUUAGAAGAAAUUGUAGAGAUCUUUAGUUCUCAUUUGCAUGUACUACAGAAGAGGGAAGGCCUUGUAGCCGCUGUAGAUAGUGGAAACUACAUCCGUCAGCUCAUUGAUUUAUUCCACAAAGCUGAAGACUUAGAGGACCUAAACUCACUUCAUUGCUUGUACGAAAUAUUUCGACAACUUAUUCUCCUCAAUAAGCAGGUUCUUUAUGAAACUCUUUUUUCUGAUGAUGUAAUAAUGGAUGUUAUCGGCAUAUUGGAAUAUAGUCCCAGUGGUCGAACGCGUCAUCGCGAUUUUUUAAAGAACCAGGCAAAUUUCAAGGAAGUCUUGCCAUUUUACAAUUCUAAACUCAUUAACAAAAUUCAUCAGACCUAUCGUGUGCAAUAUAUUCAGGAUUGUUGUCUGCCUCCGCCUAGUCUUUUUGAUGAACAGUCAAUGUCCGAUUUGAAAGCUUUCAUUGCUACAAAUAAAAUGGAAAUUUUAAGCGCCUUGCAAGAAGACCGUGUUUGUAUGAUGAGGCUUUUCACCUGUCUACGAUCAUCGGAAACCUCGGAUUCACAUCGACGAGAAUUGGCUCUAUUCGUUAAAGAGUUUUGCAACCUCUCAAUUCAGACAGAUCGGAAGGAGGCAUUUUUGAAUACCCUUUCGACACACGGAGCUCUAUCAACAGUUGAAUUCCUUUUUUCAAAUAAUGAUCGGGAGGUUAAGUCAGCCGCUUUGACAAUUCUACAGGCUUUUGUUGAAAAUCAACCCUCGAUUGUGCGGGACUAUGCUUGUAAAGAGAGUAAUCGGCAAAACAAUGAUGAUGUUCUCGUAAAUUUAAUGAUUUCGCAGCUCUUAGAAGACCCUGAUCCAGAGUUAGGAGAUGCUUUUCAGUUAGCAUACAUGAUUCGAAUUCUUAUUGAUCCCGAUAGUAUGAACAAUGGUGCUUCUCGAAUAGAAAAGUCUGAAUUUCUUGGAUUCUUCUAUAGGAGGUGCAUGGGUACUCUAACCAAGCCCUUGUUUGAUCAUACUGAAGAAGAAACUGUUGUGGAUGAUAAUUAUCAUUCCGCUCUCGUACUUAGCAAUGUCUUGGAUCUCCUCAUAUUCUGUAUCGAAAAUCAUACUUAUCACUUUAAGAAUUACUGUCUUCGCCAUGAGGUUUUAAAACGAGUUAUGGUUUUGUUGAAAUCUGAGCACAAGUUUUUGGUUCUGAGCGUUCUGAGGUUGGUGCGGAAGAUGAUUCAAAUGAAAGAGGAGUUCUAUAAUCGAUACCUCUCCAAGAACAAACUUUUUAAACCCAUCAUUGAGUGUUUUAUUGCCAAUGGUCAUCGUUAUAACAUGAUUGAUUCUGCUAUUCUUGAGCUGUUUGAGUUUAUUUUAAUGGAAAAUGUCAAGACUAUCAUUGACCACAUUGUUGAGGAGUUUUGGGAUGCGUUGAGCGAUGUAACCUAUGUAACUACCUUCAAGAGAUUCAAAGACCGCUAUGAUGCUACUGAGAGACCACUGAAAGAGGAGGUGAACGCGCUUUUCAAGGAAGGCAUCUUGACAAGUAAUUCCAACAUACCCUCUUUGAGAGCAACAGUGAACCCUCAUUUUGUUUGUGCCCCAGCGUUUGACGAAGAGGAGCAAUGGUUCAAUCAGGAUGAUGAGAAGAAGGAAGAUACGAUGGAGGUGGCUAAUGAUGCAUCGACGAUGCCAUCCGGAAAUUUGUCUUUGGACGAGGGAGGAAUCCAUUCUCUCCCAUUUUCUUCCUCCAGUUCCCCUCCGCCUUCUAUUCUUACUACUUCUUCAACUGCGCAGUCGCCUUUGAACUCAUCCUUCACUCUUCUGUUACCCCCAUCGAAUACAGCAAAGGACGAUGAUGAUGAGCUCUCUCCACAUCUACUCAACCGUCGUGUCAGCCAUCCCCCCUUCCCUCCCAUUACCAUUAAUAUUAAAUCCAUGAAUCUCGGUCAAGUGAAAAAGGAUGGUGAAAAGGAAGAAAACCAAGAAGGCGAGGGUUCUGUACCUACUCCGAGAAAUUCUCUGAAAAGAUCUCCUACUGAUGUGAUUGAGGAGGACGUGAUGAUGAGUAGACAUUCCAAACAAAUGCUGCUAGACACUGAACAGGCCGAAAACAGUAGCUGCCGCAAUAUUGGGGGCAAAACUUCGGAUGCUGAUGAUAUGAAGAGUGCCGGUAAUAAUAACGGCAGUCAUCCGGUUGUUGGCUUAGUGGAUUAUUCCGACGAAGAGAGUGAUGAGGAGGAGCAGGAUCAAGAAAUCGACAAGAAGUCUUCUUACUCCUCUUCACCUCUACCUCCCCCUACUAGAGAUUCGCGAGACGAAGCUGGAAUAGAGGAGAAAAGCUCUGAUCCGAUACCCUGA